AGGAGAGAGGGGCGUUGCGCGUAUCGUGUAUUGUCUACUUUCUGGUGAUGAACGCAAAUUACGAGUAUACCACGCAAUGCGCCAAACCUAACGGAUCAGCAACACCACCAGUUUGUAGGGGACGAGUGACGUUCAAUGACUAAGGACUGGGGGGCGGAACAGGCGGUGAACAGAAACAGAUCCCCACUAUAAUACAGGAUAGAUAUCUCAUGAUAACAAGCACCAUCUCAGAAGAAUGAACCUGCCCACCGCUGCAUCCUCAUCCACGCACCCUCCGGUGAUAACUUGGGACGGACAUCUAGGUAAAAGCUCAACGCUUCUGGCCGUUUCGGGUCGGGCUUUCCACUGUAGAAAUCGAUCACGUAGUCGAUCCUCCUCCCGCAGCGGUCGACGGUCCAGUCAUGGCGGUCGAAAGGUGCUUGGUAGCUAGUCUGUCUUGGUCACCGCAAAGAUGAAAGGAGGGGGGGAGAGAUGCUACCCUAAUAGGACCAUGAACCGGGCUUUCGGCGUGAGUCUCCGUGAGUCCCCGGAGAAAGAGACAAGCUUUGGCCCGCCGCAUCUAUGCGUUCACAGAACGUCAGCGGAUGCUCGGAGGCGUGUGCGAGUAGCCGGAGCUUGAAACAGACUUCUCAGAACCCCUGCCGGCCUCCCAUUCCUUAAUCUCCUUCCACGCCCUCUCGUUGACAGCAUUAUGUAUCGGCACAAUUGUGCGCAUAUCCUCGGCCUUCGGAUCCCAGUCCUUACGCUUCAUGGCGUUGAAGAACAUCGCUUCCGAAGGAUAGAUCCAAUUUCCAUUCCUAGGGUCUUGAUAGCGUGGGUCAUGCUCCGAAUUCGAUCCCUCCAUGCUCGCUCGCGGGAUUGUCGAGACCUCCCGGUCAACACCUAGCUUUGAAUUGGAGGGCUUGGGAUGUCCCACUGGGGGCGCCUGGUCCAUUUUCGACGAGUCGCAGGAGGUCGAGGUUUUCACCGAGGACAGCCAUGUUGAGCGGGCGGAGUGAGGUACCGGACAUGCAUCUGCUUCGGUGGUAGCGGUGGCGGCGGCGGCGGGUUUGGGACUUUCUGAGCCGGCCAUUUUUUAGUGGGUUGUGGGUGGGUGGCGGGGAGAGUGAGAGAUUGCAACGGCGGUGGUUCCUCUCGGGGUGGGAGGCGAGGUUUCUCCUCCUACCCCGAUAACAAGGAUUGAUGGGGAAGGGUUUGUGACUUAACUACCCGCUUGGCAUGGCCCGUCGAGCUAGCCCAACUAACAACUGGGAUGUUGGUUCGUCAAUUUCCCCUUGGAUUGUUAUUCUUCUCUCAUCAAGAGCAUCGCGGGAAUAAAUCAUGACGGAUAAGAAAGUCUACUCUGCGAGCACUACCGCCCCCGUCAACAUUGCUGUUGUCAAGUAUGUUUUUACCCCUUGCCUUGAGAACCCCCGGAUCGACAGACCCCCUACUGGUAUCUAACUUAUUCCUGAACAGAUACUGGGGCAAACGCGACGUAAAGCUCAAUCUCCCCACCAACGCCUCCCUCUCCGUGACCCUUUCCCAGGCCGACCUGAAAACCCACACAACAGCAGCCUGUAGUGGCACUUUCACCCAGAACUCCCUCUGGCUAAACGGCGAAGCCCAAGACGUCUCAGGAGCCCGGCAAACCGCCUGCUUCCGCGAACUCAAAGCUUUGAGGAAGAAGCUCGAGGAUGCCGACCCAUCCCUGCCUAAGCUGAGCGAGUAUUAUGUUCAUGUCGUCUCCGAGAACAACUUCCCCACGGCGGCAGGACUUGCAUCUUCCGCUGCAGGCUUCGCAGCCUUAGUUCGGGCCAUUGCGAAUUUGUACGAGCUGCCGGAGUCGCCGACCGAGUUGUCCAAGAUCGCUAGACAGGGGUCCGGCUCUGCAUGCAGAUCGUUGUUCGGUGGAUACGUUGCGUGGGAGAUGGGACAGGCGGUGGAUGGGAGUGAUUCGUGCGCGGUGGAGGUGGCACCAGCAUCUCACUGGCCGGAAAUGAAAGCCGCGAUUCUCGUCGUGUCUGCUGCGAAGAAAGGUGUUUCUUCUACGGCUGGUAUGCAGGCUACCGUGAACACAUCUGCACUCUUCACCCACCGUGCUCGGAACGUUGUUCCCAAGAGGAUGGAGGCUAUGAAGACUGCUAUUAGGGAUAGGGACUUUGAACGGUUUGCUGCUCACACUAUGGCGGAUUCGAACCAGUUCCAUGCGAUCUGUCUGGAUACCACACCUCCGAUAUUCUACAUGAAUGACGUCUCCAGGGCCGCUAUUCGUGCUGUUGAAGCGUUGAAUACGCUUGAAGGGAGGGCUGUUGCAGCAUACACUUUCGAUGCGGGUCCGAAUGCGGUCAUCUAUUAUCAGGAGAAGGACGAGGAGAGGGUCCUGGGUUUCUUGGGGACGUUAUUGGCACCGGAGGUUGCCGAGUGGGCUGGGAAGUACGUAGGGACUGCACCGGAGGGAUACGAUAAUAAGCCCUUCGAGGCAUUGAAGGAUGGUGUUAGUAGGGUUAUCUUGACUAGGGUCGGAGAAGGACCCAUCAGGACUGAUGACACGCUGAUGGGAGCUGAUGGGUUGCCGAGCAAGAAGUAGGGGGGUUUCAUGUCAUGAUAAACAUAUUUUGUUAGAUGCGGCAUGAAGGGAGGAGGGGCGUCGGUGCAUUUUGAAGGUGGUGGUUAGUUGCUCGAAAGCCGUAGUAGUUUUCGGCUAGCGAAGUAUAUACCAGGAUUUAUGUAGUCCAACCGAAGUAGCAAAGAGGGAUACAGUACCGGUGUUGCUAGACGAGUUAGCGGGACUCGUGAUAAUUGACAGGUAUUCGUCGUCGCC